AUGGUUUUAUACACCAACUCUGAAGAACGUCGUCUGCCCUACCGUUCCCUUUGGCACACUUUUACCUUGAUUCAAUUCUCCAUAAUGUUCAUUACCAUGUGUUAUGGCUUGACGGAAUCGCUGGGAGACAUUGUAGAGAUGGGCCGAGAUCUGGCUUUCAUUCUGGGGAUAUUUUUUAUUUCAUUUAAGAUUGUUUACUUUCAUUGGUAUGCCGAUGGCCUGGACAAAGUAAUCGAUGAUCUGGAGGCCCAUCAUCACUGGCUACGAGAAGGUCCUGGCUACGCAGAAGCUCGAAAAACUAGACGUUGGCACUGUAUAAUGGUGGUGCCGCUACUAACGCUUUGGUCCUUCUUUAUGGCCUUGUUUAUCAUAUUGGUACUUUCAUCACCGCUGUGGGUGGCCCAGCAGACCUUGCCCAUCCACGCCAAGUAUCCGUUUGAUUUGCACAACAAGUCCAAGCAUCCCAGGACCCACGCUCUUUGCUACUUGUCUCAGGUUUACUUUUUCCUGGUCUCUUUAUCGGUUUUUGAGGCUCUAAUAGCCCGGAAGGAUCCCAAGGUGGCCUUUCAAUUUGGUGUGCUCAUGCUGCUGGCCUUGGGACAUCUGUCCUUGUGGUCCAAGUUUGGGGACCUGAUGUCACAGGAGUCCUUGGACAUUGCUCUGGCUGCCUAUGAGACCUAUAAUCCGCAGUUGGGAAGCAAGAUCAGUAGAGAUCUGUGUAUUAUGAUAAGAAGAGCCCAGGAUCCUAUGCAAAUGGUGGCCAGACCUUUUCCGCCUUUUAAUUUAAAAAAUUAUACAGCGACAUUCUUUAUUCAUUUCAAGCUCAUUUACUUCCAUUGGUAUGCCGAUAGUCUGGAUGAGGUAAUCGAUGAGCUGGAGGCAUGUCAUCAGUGGCUGAGAGAAGGACCUGGUUCCGCCGAGGCUCGUUCAGUCAGACGUUGGCACUGUAUUGUGUUCUUUCUGAUGGUCAUUUUUUUUUCGUUUUUUACGGGAAUUUUUGUGAUAUUACUCAACACAACACCCUUGUGGGUGGCCCAGCAGAACUUGCCCCUCCACACGAUUUACCCCUUUGAAUGGCACAGCAGGUCUAAGCACCCCAUAGCUCAUGGCAUAAGCUACCUAACCCAGGCCGUGGUGCUCACCUAUGCCAUGAUUUGGCUUUUGCUCAUAGACGGAUUAUCUGUGUCUAUAUAUUUUGAGAUCACCUGUGCCAUCAAGGUGCUGUGCAUUGAACUUCGUCACGUAACAGAAAAGUGUCAAGGAAAUGGGGAAUUGCUGAGGAGGGAAGUGAACCGUUUGAUCGGACUUCACCAGAAAAUAUUAAGCAUUCUAGAUCGCACCAAUGAGGUCUUUCACGGCACUCUCAAAAUGCAGGUGAUAGCCAACUUUUUCCUGGUCUCUUUGUCGGUUUUUGAGGCUCUGAUGGCCCGAAAGGAUCCUAAGGUGGCCUUUCAAUUUGGUGUACUUAUGCUGCUGGCCCUGGGACAUCUAUCUAUGUGGUCCAAGUUCGGUGAUAUUAUGUCGCAGGAGUCUUUGGACAUUGCUCUGGCUGCCUAUGAGGCCUAUGAUCCGCAGAUGGGAAGCAAGAUCAGUAGAGAUCUGUGUAUUAUGAUAAGAAGAGCCCAGGAUCCUAUGCAAAUGGUGGCCCGACCUUUUCCGCCAUUUAAUUUAAAAAAUUAUACAGCGAUCCUGAAUCAAUGUUAUUCUAUCCUGACGCUGCUGCUAAAUACCUUGGAUUAAUUAUGGAACUAAUUAUAUUUUUU